AAUUUUCAUUCUCGAGACAAAAACUGGCAACGUGAUUUUAGCGGCGUAUGCUCAACGCCAUAUUGUUUUUGUCAGAUUUGAUUUUCAAAGAAAAAAGAUGAAGUUAGUCAGGUUUCUUAUGAAACUCAGUCAUGAGACUGUCACCAUUGAAUUGAAGAAUGGAACACAGGUUCACGGGACAAUAACAGGUGUGGAUGUGGCCAUGAACACUCAUUUGAAAGCUGUGAAAAUGACUGUCAAGAACAGAGAUCCUGUUCAGUUGGAGACCCUCAGCAUACGGGGCAACAACAUUCGUUACUAUAUUCUACCCGACAGUCUGCCUCUUGAGACACUCCUCAUUGAUGACACGCCGAAGGCAAAGGCGAAAAAGAAGGAAGCAAGCGUGGGCAGGGGACGUGGAAGAGGAAGAGGCCGAGCCCGUGGCAGGGGAAGGGCCCGCGGUCGGAGAUGAAGAGUCAGAGAGGAGGAGGAGGCCGGGCCCGACCUGGCCUGCCAAGCAUUUGAACAGCGGUUCCUUCGACAGUUCGUGGAAUCGGAGGGGAAGAGACCCGAAAAUUGAGCAUACUUCACAUCUCAUUCUUUUUAUUAUUAGUCAUUUGUAAUAAAGAUUUUAUUCGAA